ACUCUCUCGUCUCGUGGCAUAUAAAAACAAACGAGGAGGCUUCCAGACUCCCCGAUCGAGCUCUUGGACGCAAAUCCCAACUCCCCCAAUCGUGCGACGACGUCGGCCAUGGCUGCCAAGCGAGUGCUCCUGCUCUGCGGAGACUACAUGGAGGACUACGAGGCCAUGGUCCCGUUCCAGGCGCUGCAGGCGUACGGGGUGGCCGUGGAUGCGGCCUGCCCCGGCAAGAAGGCCGGCGACUCCUGCCGCACCGCCGUCCACCAGCCGAUUGGCCACCAGACAUAUGCAGAGUCGAGAGGUCAUAACUUUUCACUUAAUGCUUCAUUCGAUGAGAUCAAUGUCGCUGAAUAUGAUGGGCUGGUAAUUCCUGGAGGCCGUGCACCAGAAUACCUUGCAAUGGAUGAGAAAGUACUCGACCUAGUCAGGAAGUUCUCCGAUGCUAAGAAGCCUAUUGCAUCAGUUUGCCAUGGCCAGUUGAUUCUAGCAGCAGCAGGAGUAGUCCAGGGCCGUUCAUGCACAGCAUAUCCUGCAGUUAAACCAGUUCUUAUUGCUGCUGGUGCUAACUGGGUGGAAGCUGAUACCAUGGCAAAGUGCGCCGUUGAUGGUAAUCUUGUCACUGCAGCGGCUUAUGAUGGUCAUCCUGAAUUCAUCAGCCUAUUUGUGAAAGCACUUGGAGGCUCCGUGGCGGGCUCAAACAAAAGAAUAUUGUUCCUUUGCGGCGACUACAUGGAGGACUACGAGGUUAUGGUUCCAUUCCAGUCUCUUCAGGCCCUAGGUUGCCAUGUCGACGCAGUUUGCCCUGACAAGGGUGCUGGGGAGAAGUGCCCGACCGCCAUCCAUGACUUCGAAGGUGACCAGACCUACAGCGAGAAGCCCGGUCAUGAUUUCCCUCUGAACGCGUCGUUCGACAGCGUUGACGCUUCGAGCUACGACGCCCUCGUGAUCCCCGGUGGGCGUGCUCCCGAGUACCUCGCGCUGAACAAUAAAGUCCUCGCCCUGGCAAAAGGGUUCAUGGAGAGUGGGAAGCCGGUCGCGUCGAUCUGCCAUGGCCAGCAGAUCUUGUCUGCUGCCGGAGUUCUUAAGGGGAGAAAAUGCACGGCGUACCCGGCGGUGAAGCUUAAUGUGGUGCUGGCGGGGGCGACGUGGCUGGAGCCGGACCCGAUCCACCGCUGCUACACCGACGGCAACCUGGUGACGGGCGCGGCAUGGCCAGGCCACCCGGAGUUCGUCUCCCAGCUUAUGUCUCUGCUCGGCAUCAAGGUCUCCUUCGCAUGAGAGCGUUUCAUAUCAUACACAGAUACCCGUUUGUAACACUGUCACACACACACACACACGUUUCGAGAUUGUUCGUCUGUCUGCCUGUCUUCCCAUCUGUAGCUGUACUGUACACUGCACCUUGCCGCCGUCUUGUGCUGCCGUGUUUGCGGCUGAACAAUAAAAAGGAUUCCCAUGAUAUGCUCCCAUCA